GGAGCCGAGGGCACACUGCUGAGGAGCCAGGCCUUGCACUUUGCAUUUUCUCGCCACAGAGAUGCCCCCUGCCUCGGCUGUGUGGCUGCCUGUUACCAGACAGCUGUACGAGGGGAAACGUGUUUCAUAAAGGGCCCGGUGUGCGCAGUGUCCUUUGGCUUGCUGCUGAGCUUUGGAAACCCUGAGGCGGGACCAGUUUUCAGCUUUCAGGACUGAGGUGACCUGCCCCUGAGAGGCACAGGCAGGGGAAACAUGCUCUCCCUCUCCCUCCUGAGCCGAGGACACGGGAAACUGGUCCAGAACAAACAGAAGCUGGAAGUCUAUUUUGAACCAGAGGACUAUUUGAACUGGAAGUCCCCUGAAGACUACGUCCUGGUCAGCAAAGCCCAGGAUGGGGACGGUGCCAGCCAGCACUCCUGGAGCCUGUUUCUUCCUAAGACCUUCAGCACGAGAAAAGGGGCGCUGAUCCUCUACUCAGAAGGGCUAGCUGUGUCAGCCUGGGCACCCAGAGAGAGGAGAAGGAGUCACAGGAAGAGGCGGGACCUUGAGCUACACACACUGCACGACCUCAGAGAAGCCAUCUUGGCAUACGGAAGGAGAAAGAGGGAGCAGGACAGAGCCUGGCAACCCUACCUGUACUUUCGAAGCAAACCAGCCAGCCAGAUUCACAGGCAGAUGCAGCCUGGUUACUCGGCCAAGAGAUACCUCCGAGGCCUUCUGCGGACAUGGCCCCCCGACACUGUGGACAGGCUCCAGCGUGCAGGACACAUCAAGGAUUCCGUGCUGCUCCGGGACAGUCGGCUUGGGAUACCCAAGAACCUCAGGCCACGGCAGGAUCUUUCAGGUGUACCCCCAAAAUACCACCUCCUGCCUGUCGUCCCCUCAUUUUGGAUUCAACAGAGACCAUCUUAUGAACAAGGUCAACAGGGCCUGGAUGAAGGGGAAGCUGGUGCAGACGGAGACCAGGGCUCCGCUGCUCAGAACCACUACAAUCCGGGGACUCACCUGACGUCACUCAGGAAGCAGCCGUGGCAAGAGGAUGAAACCCGGGCCAAGGACGCGUUGACAGAGAGCCACCUCCGCGUCCAGGCUUCCGAGGAAAGUCACAAUGGAAGGACGCGGCAGGCCUCCAGGAAGGCCCGAAUCAGCCACCUUCCGCUUCCCAGUGACAAGUCCCUCUUCACGUUCUUCUGUGGCGCCUUCCCAGGUAGAAAGGCAGGUCUCGGGCACAAACAAGGGAACGUGAAACCCCACAAGGCCGGAGGCGGCUGCUUGUCACAGGAGCCUCCUGCUGAAAGAUGCCUUUUCCCGCCUAUAGCGUCCGCCAGAGGCUCAGAGCAGAGUACCCUGGGGGAAGCAGAGAAAAGGAAGGCACCAAGGGCUCUGAAGUUGCCUCGUAUUUUAGAAGAACCACCCAGAGUCCUCAACCCCCUGCGGAGCCGAUUUAAAGGCCAUGAACCCCCAAUGGAGCUCUUCAUUAUCCCUAUGGAGAUCCAUUUCCAUACUCCACAGCCCCCCAGAGAAAAGGCCUGCAGAAGAGGUGCCCAGCAGCCCCUGUCAGAAGCAGAAGAAGCCAUGCCUCUGGGGCGGCCUCCCCUGAAACGUCUGUUCUUAGGAAGGACAAGGGGCCUGACAGCACAUCUCCCAGUGGACAGCAGCCAGGACACAGCCUCAAGGCAAGAUGGUGAUAUCCUGGCCCAGAGCGUAGAGCAACCUUUGGGACCCCCGCCCCCGAUUAAAGGAAAGAAAAGCCCCGAGAUCCAGAGGGACUUGGACAGCAACAGGACGCCAGGCUGCAGCAGUCCCCCGGAUCACCCAGUCGAGAGGAUACUGCCAGCAGGACCAGAUGAGUCCAGAGAUCCCACAUGGAAACACUUCUUGCCGAAUCCAGAAGGUGAAAAUGUCCGCCUGACCCUGCAGGGGCUCAUGGGAACAGAAGCACUUCCCCAGGGACAAGCAAACCCUGGAUCCAGAACCAGGCCUCAUGGGAAUCUUUCUGAAGCCUCCUCACCGCUGACUCAAGCAGCAGGGCAUCAGGGAGCCCCACGGUCCUUGGAGGCAGCAGCUCAGAGGACGAGAGAGCCUCAAAGUUGUAUAAAUAAAGGGCUGAUAUGUUCAAAAGAAAAAGAAUUUUACACACGCAAGCUGCACAUCGACAUGACGCCGUUCCUGAAGGAAUGCGGAGAUGAAAUUGACUCUCACGAAGAACCAGGAGGACCCCAUAGAAGAAAGGAUGAAGACGGCCAAGACCCAGAGCCAAGGACUGUGACCCUUGACCCCAGCGGUACUCCCCCGGCUCCCCCGGCCAACACCUUGAAAAGCAUGAACAGAGUUUACAAGGUGUCCCACCUGCACAGGAGACUCCUAGAACAUGAGCCUGCAUCCCCAGGGAAGUUGGGUUCCAAGACUACACCUCGUCUUCCAAGAAAAAAUAAGAAAACGCAGGCAAAACUGUUCAAUCAGAAGACCAAAACUGCCAUCAGUCAUGGAAGGGAGUUGGUUGACAAGGCUAACAGGAAGAAAAGAACCAAGACAGACAAGGGCAAAGCACACAAGAGAGAGAGAGAAGAAAGGGUCCCGAGGCAAGCAGAGGCUGUCAGAGGAAAGUCAAAGGGUGUGACAACUGAAAAGAAAUCACAGCCAAAAGAAAAGAAACCAGAAACCAAAAUGAAAAGGAAGCAUAAAGAAAGGAAUGUGGAAAUGGCGGCAGAGCUGAGCAAGCCGGAUGUCACUAACCCCAAGGAAGCAGAAGGCACCUCAGAGAGAGGGCUCCUCCCCUCACAUUCUGCCCCUGAGGACCCUUGGAUUUCUUCUGAAUAUGAUGCUCUGGAGAGCCAGGUUUCUAUAGAUGGAAGAUUGCCACCCACCCAGGACAUAGGCAUCCCCAGCAACAUGGAAUCUGAAGAAGACAGAAGCCCUGAAGACCCUUUCAAGGCCCUCCUGGAGAAGAGGCAGCAAGAGAAGGCUUCUCCAGACAGAAUUGGAACAGAGAGGGCAGAGAUGACGUGGCUGGAGGCGGAGCGGAGAAGGGAGCAAGAGCUGCUGGAGCAGCUGGAGACUACAGAGAAGAUGAAGGAGGAGCUGGAGCUGGAGCAUCAGAGGCACGCCGAGGAGAUCCGCCUGAGAAAGCAGAGACUGGAGGAAGUACGGCAGCUGGAGGAGGAAGCAGAGAGGAAGCAGAGGCUCCGGUUCCAGGCAGCCCAAGAGAGGGCCCGGAAGCAGCAAGAGGCAUUCCGGAAGAAACUGCAAGAAAUGCAGAGAAAAAAGCAGCAGGAGGAGGUGGAGAAGGCUGAGACAAAGAAACAAAGACAGAAGGAACUGGACAUGCAGUUAGCGGAAGAACAGAAACGCCUGAUGGAAAUGACUGAAGAACAACGGCUGGAGUACCUGUGGGAGAAACGACAAGAAGAGAAGGCCAGGUGGGAGGCUGAGGAAAGCAGGCAGCAGGAAGAGAAAGCAGCAAGGCUAACUCUGGAGGAAGCCAGGAAACUAGUCCAGGAGCAAAUCAGGCAAAAAGCUGCUUUCAAGGAACACUAUUUUCGCCAAGAACUCUCUAAGGAAGCCAAUGGUCUGCAGUGGACACAGAACAUUUCCAGACCGUGGGUCUACUCGUACUUCCAGUUCCUAGACACCCCCAAGCCCUGAGGCUAGAAGGACACAAAGAAGUAAGUGGAGAAGUGCUGAGAGGAAAAGCUACACUUUUAUAUAAAGCUCCAGCUGCGCUCCAUUACUUCCUUUUCAUCUAGCUUACCUCAACCUGUACCUAGGACUGUCUUCACCCUGGACAUUAUUCCCAGGGUUCCCACACUCUCCACACACUGUGACUCAAUGAACUUUUCACUUACUUAAAUCCUCUUGUGUUCUUUAGGACCACAUAAAUUCAAAAGCCUUGGUGCUUACACUACCACUCCACAGAUCCAGGUGGAGGCACUGACAGUCUUAGGACAUUCUAUGUGUUUUGAUGUGUUCAAGAGUUUAUGGAAAACGAAAGUUGUCACACACUAACUCUGGACUAGCUAAGAGGAGCUGAUCAUAUUAAGAAAUCCCUCGGGCCGGAGAGAUGGCUCAGUGGUUAAGAGCACUGGCUGCUAGAGGACCUGAGUUCAAUUCCCAGCAUCCAUAUGGUGGCUCACAACCAUCUAUAGUGAGAUCUGAUGCCCCCUUCUGGCAUAGAACACUCAUAUACAUAAACUAAAUAUUAAAAAAAAAAAAAAUUCCUCUAUAAGGCAAAACCACAAAUUUAUCCCGGGUAUCUAAAACAAGUAUCUUCUUCAAAGGCAUGUUCGGAAGCACUUGAUCCAUGUUCAACUGAGCAAAAUGAGCUGUUUCAUGAGGAAAUUCUCUCAAUCCUCAAAGUGCAGGUCUAGAGCAGCGAGUUUGCAUAAGCUGACACAGUCUUCUAUGGUACCAGCCGGGUAAGUGCUCAAUGCCAUAGGUAGUUGCUGGGAACUACAUCGGCAAAGACAUACUCUAUUCCACCACCUCAGAAAUUCCAUCAUUGUUGAUCCUUGAGCACAAAUCUUGAGAUUUUUAUUCCCAACUGUGUCCUGACGAACCUGCUCAUACAACUCUAAACAUGUUUCUCAGAAGCCUCAAGUCCUUUAACAAACUCUUAAUGUCCAAUAACCAUCCCUUCAACAAAGCACCACAGAAUGCUCAUUAAGACAUUGUCAGAAAUAAAAUAUAAAAUGUUAAAACAAGUAGUAUCUGAAUUUUCUGAACUUUGGAUUUUUUUUUAAGACAGGAUUUCACACUAUGUAGAAGACCAGGCUGGCUUUGAACUCACACAGAUCUGCCUCUGCCUCUGCUGGGAUUAAAGGUGUGCACCACCAGACACAACUUAAUUUUUAAUCCACACUUGUCUUAGUUUUCUCAUCACUUCAACAAAACUAUACAUACACACACCAAAAAAAAAAAGAAAAAAAAAGAAAAAAGAAAGAAAGAAAGAAAGAAAAGAAUAAGGAAAAAAAAUGCCUAGAAAGUUAGUACUGGUCCCUCUACAUCAGUAGUCGAGAGAGAGAAAUACUGGCACUAACCUCACUAUCCAUUUCACUCAGUCCUGGACCCCACAGAAUGGCAGGGCAGGGACUCCUACCUCCAAUCUUUCUGGACACACACCCAAAGGUCACCCAGAGUGACUUGAAAUCCAGGCAAGCAAACAAUGAAGAUUUUUGUCAUCACACUGUCCACAAAUGAUGAUUAUUUACAGGUAACCCCUGUGCAAAGCAAAUACUGUGUAUUAGUGGGGACUAGUACUCCCAAGGUACUUGCUUAGCACGGGAAUUACACUUCUCCAAACUAGAAAUUUAGCCAUUUUCCACUCUAUAGUAAAGAUACUGAAUAACUCUCGUGUACAAUAGAAAUAAAAUGGCCAAACAUGAUGGAUAAGAUCAUAGUGAAUUUAAAGUCAUGUUUCUGGUGCUUGUCAACCCUACUUGUGUACUCACAGUAUUUAACCAGACAAUCAGUACACACUCAAGAAGCCACGUGCAAAGAAACUGCCACUGCUCAUUUUAUUUUCCCCCUUCUGCAAAUUUCAGGUGCUGCACUCACAGCAGAGAGAGGCUACUAAACACUACUGGGGUCCUUUUCAAAUAGAAUAUAUAGUACAAUUUUGCUUCCAAGUGUCUAUUUUAAUGGCACUACCGUAUCAGCUGAAUGUAUUUUAGGCCAACAGUAGAGUGUGAUUAUUUUAGAAGACCUGACUCUCCCCAUCCCAAAAAAACUUUUCUACAACUAAUUUCCACCACUAAAUGCUGAGAACCUUCGUUUAGAGCUACAAAUAAAAUUAAGAUCCUUAGCCAUAUUCAUGAAUUCUGGAUAGCUCAAGCAACCAACCAGAUCUGUUAUUUGAUCUUGACAAAUGAUGCAGCUCAAAAGAUUUUCUACAACUUAAUUUAAUUAACAGUCAGUAUUUAAGGAAUAUAAUUGUAAAUGCCAGGUGACAGUCUAAAAGCUCUAAUUUGUACAAUACAAAUUUUAAAGGUCAGGUCAAAUGCUAGAGUUCCUCAAGGCCACCUGCUUUUUGAGCAAGUACCUGAGAAAGGUUUUAUUUGCUAAAGUAGUCAGAUGGUGCUGUGUUUAGGAUAGCAUGAAAAUGGAUGUGUACAAAUGCGUGUAUGUACACACACACACAAUUCUGUGAUUCAUUAACAUUUAAACAAUACUCUAAAAGGAAAAAAAUAAAACCAGUUGUGGUAUCGUAUGUGCAUAAUCCACGAAUAGCACAGUCUAAUGACAUGACCGUGCUGUUGGAAAAAAGGCAUUGUGACCGUACCUAAAUGCCUGAUUCAGAAAGCAAGCCAGGAGCUUCCACUGCUCCAAUGUCAUUAAGGUCAUUACUGUACAUUACUAAAGAAAUACAGUUGUGCCAAGAAAAUCCUAUGGGGCAUUUUUAUUUUCCUCCUUACAUGGCUAAAAUAAAAGAAGCUUUAGUACGGUUUUUACAAAUAUUGUUUAUUUUAAUGAAGCUGGUACAGACGAUGUCCCUUGAAAACCCAUGUCCCAGGCCAAAAAGUACAAACAAAAUCAAAAGGAGCAGUGUCUGUUGCGUACACUUCUGCAUAAGUAACUUUAUUAACUGCUGACGAAGAUUAGAACUCUGCUGGGGUCUUCUGACAAGACUGUUGUACCCAAGACACUUUCUUUCUCUCCAGUGAAGCCACCUUUGGAGUUGGUUGUUACUCUCACUGUAUUUGUCAUCUUGACUACAAACGUGAUGUUCUUCUUUUGGUCCUGACCCUCAGAUUUUAAAAGUAGCUUCAAGCUGAGGAAAGGUCAUUUUUCCACAGUUCAGUUCUCUGAAAAACUUCCAUGUCCCACUGAAAUCCUAGUCGAGGAGUGAAGCAACCACAUGCUGGAACUUCAGGGCCAACUGGAAGGUCAUAGGAAAGCCCGCACUAGUCGAUCUUCUUCAUCACAAACCUAAAAA